AUGGAGGGGGAGCAUCACCUCCUUCAAACUGCUGGUCACGCUGCUUUUGAUGCAGCCCAGGAUGUGGAGAAAAUAAUUUCAGAUUUCAAGAUUCUGAUUUCUGAGUUGGAGCAUUCCACAAAGAUAUCUGCUGAAGCACUCUCCAUCUGUGAGGAGGAUAUCACCAGUUUGCAUCAACAGCUGUAAGAAACCAACAAAGAACUCACACAGACCAACAAGAACAGAGUAUCAUUAGCUCAGGAGAAUGACAGGUUACAGGAGCAUCUUUCUAAUAUUAAGCAAGAAAUUUAGGUACUACAUAAAAAACUAGCGAAGUACCAAAAUAAGCUUGAUUAUAUGAAGUUGAAGGCCCAGGAUUCAAACACAGAUAUUGUCAGGCUGAAGAAUGUACUGAAGUAUAAGGUGAGAGAGAGAGAGAACUGUGAGCUCUUGGAGAAUUACCACAAAGCCUGUGAACAAAGAGAAAGUUGGGAAGCAAAAUGCCAUCAAGCAGAAGCAGGCUUUUCUUCUAGACUGACACUGAUCAGGUUGAAAGAGAAAAUAGAGUCCCUUGGAACACAGAUGGAGCAACAUUUGCCAACAGAAGCAGCAUACAAGUCUCAUAUUUCUGCGUUAAGCAAGUCUCUUCUGAAAAUGGAUAGAAAGCUUCAAAAUAUACAUGGGAGAGUCCCUAUACUUGCAAAUCUCACAUCUAUACAAAAACUUUGCAUUAAAUUAGGGAGUCAACAAUUAAAUUAGCAUUUAACUUCCACAGCAGAAAAAGUAGAAAGGCUGCAGAGUGAGUCAUCCCAUUCUGAAACAGAGCUGCUGAGAAAACAAGUGGGAAAUGAAAGAGCAUCUAUGAAAAACCUGGAAUCUUUGCUUGUGUCCAGUUGUGAGAAAGAAUUUCAGUCACAGAUAGCAAAACAAGAGAAAGACUCUGAAAUUCAGUUUCUCGAGGAACAGCUUGCUUUAGAGAAAAAUCAUCUUGCUGUGCAGAGUUGAGAUUUUACUCACCUCAGAAAUAGAGCAGCUGAGCUUGAGGCAGAACUGGAUAUCACCAAACGACAGCUGGAGAGUGAAUGCUUUGAAAGGCAAGUAUAUGUUUUUAAGCUUCAAUGCCAGAAUUGUACAAAUUUGUAUCAGAUAAGCUCUACAUUAAGAGCAUCAUCACCUGAACAUUCCCAUCCUCGAUCUCCUCAUCGGUCUCUGGACUGGCCCCUGGAAGGCUACACACUGCAACUAUCCCGCCACCUCCAACAGUCUUUAACUCGCUCCAGCAAAAACCUGGAGAUGGCUCGCCGCUACCUUAAGCCGCUACGGGUGGGCGAAGUGGAAAGGAAAGCCGAGGCGGAAAACAGUGAAAUCGGCCCUUCACAGCGCCCGUCCCGCUCGUUCUCCUCACUCCCGUACGUCUAUGACCCGGCGCGGUCAGUGUCUUGCCCAGGCGGAAAACACCUGGGCGCCGCACCCCGCCCGUCCCCGGGGCAGCGCGGCCGGCCCGCCUCGCCUUUGGCCCCGGGGCCGCGGGCGGGCCCUGCGCCGCAGGUGGCGGCGGGGCUGGCGGGAGGAGCGGGGCAGGGCCGCGGGCAGGUGGCGGCAGGUCCGCGGCUCGGAUGGGCCGGUGCCGCCCGAUCCUGCCGCUCCCCGUGGCCUCCCGGGCGCUGCCGGCCGCGGGCACCGCUCCCCUGCGGGCCGCCCGUGCCGCCAGGGCUGCGCCGCCUCGCCCCUCGCACGGGCUCCAGGUGA